AUGCCACUUACGGUGGUGCUGCAUGGUGCUGCCGGCGUCGGGAAAACCACAGCGGCAAAACAGCUGAUGCUGGACUGGACACAGGACGACCAGGCAAAGACAUCCAAUUCCGCCUUCUAUCUCAGCUGCAAGGACCUCAACCACAAGGGGACGUGCACUUUUGCAGAGCUGAUAUCUGAGAACGGGCGGGAUUUGCAGGAUGCCAUUCCAGGGAUCCUCACCCAAGCACGGAAAAUCCUGUUCAUCAUCGAUGGCUUUGAUGAGCUGCGAGUCCCCUCGGGGGCACUCAUCCAUGACAUAUGUGGCGACUGGAAGAAGCAGAAGCCAGUGCCCGUCCUCCUGGGGAGUUUGCUGAGGAGAAAAAUGUUACCCAAGUCCACUUUAGUGAUCACCAGUCGACCGGGGGCCCUGAGGGAGCUCCGGCUCUUGGUUGAACAGCCACUCUUCAUAGAAGUCGAGGGGUUCUGGGCGCUGGACAGGAAGGCAUAUUUCUUGAAACACUUUGAAGAGGAGACUCAAGCCCUGCGAGCUUUUGACUUGAUGAGGAGGAACGCGGCUCUGUUCCACAUGGGCUCCGCGCCUGCCGUGUGCUGGAUUGUCUGCACGUGUCUGAAACGGCAGAUGGAGAAGGGGGAAGACCCUGCCUCGACCUGCCAGACCACCACGUCCCUGUUCCUGCGUUUUCUCUGCAGCCAGUUCACAGCAGCUCGCAGCAGCUGCCCCAGUGAUGGUCUCCAAGUUCCGGUGAAGUCUGUGUGCCUCUUGGCUGCUGAGGGCAUAUGGACACAGACAUCUGUGUUUGAUGGAGAAGACCUCAGGAGACUUGGGGUGAAGGAGUCUGCCCUCUGCCCUUUCCUGGACAAGAAUAUUCUCCAGAAGAGCAAAGACUGUGAGGGCUGCUACUCCUUCAUCCACCUCAGCGUCCAGCAGUUUCUUGCCGCCAUGUUCUAUGUCUUGGAGCCGGAGGAGGAGGAGGAGGACGUGGGUGGCCACAGGUGCCACAUUGGGGAUAUGCAGAAGCUGCUGUCCAAGGAAGGAAGACUAAAGAACCCCAGCCUGACCCAGGUGGGCUACUUCGUAUUUGGCCUCUCCAACGAAGAAAGGGCCAUGGAGCUGGAGACGACUUUCGGCUGUCUAGUAUCGCUGGAGGUCAAGCAGCAGUUACUGAAAUGCAGAUCAGUGCCCCAUGGGAAGAAGCCCUUCUCAACCAUGGACACGAAGGAGAUUUUCUAUUGUCUUUAUGAAUCUCAGGAGGAGGAGCUUGUGGAGGAUGCAAUGGCCCCCGUCACGGAGAUCUCUAUCCACUUGACAAAUACAUUUGAAGUGAUGCAGUCUUCUUUCUGCCUUAAACAUUGUCAAAACUUGCAGAAAAUUUCACUGCAGGUAGGAAGGAGGAUAUUCCUGGAGAAUGAUACCACGUUGAAAUCAGAUGCUCAGGUUGAGAGGUCACAGCACGACCAUCACUCUCUUCAUCUCUGGGCAGAUCUCUGCUCUGUGUUCAGUUCAAACAAGAACCUGAACUUUCUGGAUGUGAGGGAAAGCUUUCUGAGUCACUCCUCAGUGAGGAUUCUUUGUGAGCAGAUAACCCAUGUCACCUGUCAUCUCCAGAAAGUCGUGAUUAAGAACGUCUCCCCUGCCGAUGCUUAUCGGGACUUCUGUCUGGCUUUCAUUGGCAAGAAGAGUCUGACACACCUGGUUCUGGAAGGCAGUGUCCACAGCGAUGAGAUGCUGUUGCUGCUGUUGUGUGAGAUCCUGAAACAUCCAAGAUGUAAUCUGCAGUAUCUGAGGUUGGGUUCUUGUUCUGACACCCCUCAGCGGUGGGCUGAUUUCUCCUCGGCCCUCAAAAUCAACAAGUCCCUGAAGUGCCUGGAUCUCACAGCCAGUGAGUUUCCAGAUGAGGGUGUCAAGUUGCUAUGUUCGACUCUGAGACACCCACUGUGUUUCCUGCAGAAAUUGUCGUUGGAAAACUGUCACCUUACAGAAGCCUGUUGCGAGGAGCUGUCUUCUGCUUUGAUUGUCAACCAGAGGCUGACCCACCUGUGCUUGGCCAAAAACAACCUUGGCGUUGGCGGGGUGAAAAUUCUGUGUGAGGGCUUGAGUUACCCCGAAUGUCAACUACAGACCUUGGUGUUGUGUCAUUGCGACAUAAACAGACAUGGCUGCAAAUACAUCUCAAAGCUUCUCCAAGGAGACUCCAGCCUAACAGACUUGGACCUGGGUUUCAACCCCAUAGCCACUGGAUUGUGCUUUCUCUCUGAAGCUUUGAAGAAACCAAAUUGUAACCUGAAAUGUCUAGGCUCACCAACUCAGAGUGGAACAGUUUAUUCCAGCAGUUUGCAAAGAUCUGAAGAUAAAAUCAUCUUGAGAAGCAAGGUUUCUGGUCACCAGACUUGA